AUGCCAAAGGUCGAACUAUCUCUAUAUCAAGGGGGCAUUCUGGCCACGCCUAAAUUAAAUAAUAGACAUUUAGAACUAAAUUCUAAAAUAAGAAAAAAGAGAGAACUGACUAAUAUUGAUUUAAAUAACCCCAACAUAGGCACACGUAGAAAAAAUAGAGUUGUAAAAAAACUUGUUCGGGUGCAAUUAGUAUCAAAUAAUGAUUUUAAUAAUGUAAAGGCCAACACAGAAGAUUACCAAAUAGAAAGUACUACGAAAAGACGGAGAAGACGGUUAAAAAUUAAAAAAAAGAAAAGAAAACUUUCAAUAGACGAAUCGUCUAAAAAUUUAUCCCUAUUUGAGGAAGAUCACUUACAACAAGCAACCAGACCAAGAAAAAGAAUAAUUAUAACGAGAAAAAGGUUACUUCAUAGUGAUAAUCACUCUAAAGAUUUCGUAAAUAGCGAUAUCGAUAUUCCUAUACAAAGUACUAGAAUAAAUGCAUAUCAUAAUUUCAUGGAUCACACACGAUAUAAUACAAUAACACAUGAUUACGAGGAUACAUCAGAAGAAAACGAAAUAAACGAUGAAUUAGACGAAAUUGACGAAGAAGAAUCGACCGAAUCAAAUUAUUUGGAAGAUGAUGAAUCUCAAGAGUUUGUAACAUUAAAAGAAUCUGAUUUCUUCUUAAAUUAUGACAACAGCGAAGAAACGUCAUUUGAUAUACCAAAAAUCGAAGAAGAUAUUACCGAAUAUAAUGCAUUAAAAGAAACAACUCCGGAAGUGGUAACAUUAAAAGAAGGCGACUACUUUUUUAAUAAUUUGGAAGAAGAUAGUCCAAUAACGACAGAAAGUUAUAGCGAAAUUACAACGCCUGGUAAUAAUAUUACGACUGAAAUGGAUCUAGAUGCUACCACUGAACAAUCUGUGAAUGUUACUUAUGAAACUACUAUUACUACUGAAAACCCUGUUGAUGUUACAACUGAAAUGAUUAUAAUUAAAGAAGAUGAUGAGACCAGUGCUAGACCUAUAUUCCAAGAAAUCCCUGAAUAUGAGCCUUAUUUCCCAGAACUGACAGAAUCUCUUGAUGCUCCUAUAAUUCUUCUAAAAACCACUGUAAUCUCUUCUAUCGAACAAUUGACAAAAACUGUUGUACAGAGCAGACUGAGGACAUACACCUUCGUUGUUACUAGAGUUGCAGGAACUGAGCAGAUUGUAACUUCUACUACCGAAGUUAAACCACAUACAAAGACGACUGUUAUUACUGAACCUGUGACCAGACUCACUACUUUAACUCUAUUAGACAUAGACGCUACCAAAUCUCUAACCAAUCCAAAAUCUUCUAUAACUCCUGCUCUGGACAAACCUCUUUUUGAAGAUAACCAAGUUCGAAACUACGAUGAAGCUAGAAAUCUUGCGACCAGAGUUAUGUCAAACGGAGUUGAAGUUAUUGUAGCUGGAGACAAGACGAUACCAGGAGAAAAGGAUUUUAAGCGUUUACUUACAUCUGGAGCGCAUAAACCUGUAACCUUAAAACCGAGUACAUUAACGGAUCAUAUGGUUAUGUUGAUACCUCAAGAGUCUUCCAACAUCGAAAACUUGUCGGCGUCAUUAUAUCCCAAUCAAUUCAUCACUAAAACUUGUCUAACAACAUUCACAUAUUUAACAACUUUCCUUGAAGGAGGUACUACAACAGUUUCUAGUCAUGAACAAGUCGUAUCCAAUGUAGCCACUGAAGAAAGAAACACAGGAAAAAUUUUACCUACACCAGCUGUAGGAGUUAUAUUAACACAGCAUCCAAAUUUAUCAGUCGGCGUAUUCCAUACUACCUACACCUAUUUAAAUACGAUACUUGAUGGAGACCAACCAUUAGUAGUAUCAUCGAAGCACACAGUAACAAACACUAUUACUGCUCCUGAUGAUUACCUAUCAUUAUUGAAAAGUUCUGGUACUCUAUCGCCUGUAAAAGACACAAACACUUAUUACAGUACCAUUGGUCUUGAAAAAACUUUAUAUGAAGGAAACAAAACCUCAAUAACGAGCACAAAAGAGGUAGUAACACAAGUUGUUAUAACUGAAAGUGUUCCGCCUAGGGCGACAUCUGUAAUGACUUCGUAUAUCGCUUUAGAUGUCAAUGAUAAUCCAGAUGCGUCCUACAUAACAACCGAUAUUGUAAAAACAUAUUUUGUGACGUACACCUACUAUAACACUAUUAUUAAAAACAAUCAAGAAGUGGUUAACAGUAAUAUUUCAGUCUCCAGCGAUGUGAUUACUGAGAAGUUAUAUAUUAUUCCGAAGACUUCUAUGAAAAUGGAUAUCCAAAGCAAAGAACAUAGAUUGGAGAACAACUUCCAAAUUUUUACUACGAAAUCUUACCUCACCACAUUCACUUACUUUACGACCUUACUACAAGACAACAAUAAAGAAACUCCAACAAUAGUCAAUUCAAGAACAAGUGUAAUAGAAAAUUUAAUUUCUGAGACUGUAGACCUCAGUUUAUUGGAUAAAUCUAAUUUAAACCAAAUCAGAAACGCCAUUGGAAAAGGCGCUAAAUCUGUUAUUAAAACGAUUACUUUGUAUAAUGGUGAAACUUUUGACAUAACUGCCAUAGCCAACGAAAUUAGGGAAUCGAUAACUCCAACUAAAGUUUUACCAAUUGAAAAAACGCAAAUGCCUGAAUCGUUAAUUAACGAUGAAAAAGUACCGAUAGAUUCGUCAGUUCCAAAUGUGAUCACCGGAUCUACAAUCGUUUUUAUAGAUGAUGACCCUUUCGCUCAAUUAACUGCCACGCCCAUCCUAAACAAAAAAUCCACGGAUAUAAAAAAUAACGCAAACAGUUUAACCGUCACUGAUAAAUCUACAAAAUUUAGCAAGCCCAAGAGAUCUACCAAAAGCAAAACUAAGACACGUGCAUCCUCCAUCAAUCCUUCUAAACCUAAAAAACCAAGCGUAGAAACAGCUAAAGCUAAACCACAAUCGGCGAGUAGUGAAAAAAAUAAAUCAUCAAAUAAUGAGAAAACUAAAGAUAAGAAAAAUACUCAAGAAGAAAAGGUUGCAGUUAAACCUUCUACGCAAGCAACGGAUCUAUUAGGUUUAGGAUCUAUAAAUAUACAAGCUAUAGCUCCAGUUCUUAACGCUAUGGCUGGAUUAAUAACAACAAACCUUAAAGCUAACAGAAGAAGCGAUGUUAAUAUCACUUCCAUCUCAAAUAAACCCAUCGAAAAUGUCAAUCCACCUGAUGACAUCCAAAGUAGAUCGCCCAUUUACAUUCCAGUUAGAGGUUUGGACGAUGAAUUUGAAAUCGCUGAAAGUCAAAAUAUAGCCUCGUUCGAUUGGGUAGACCCACCACCAAAUAAAGCGGCGAUCUCAGAAAUGAAUUCACAUGAAAGCUCUAUUAUUAGCAAUGGCAUUCCUAUUUCUCCAGGAGAUAUUAUAAAUACGAAUUCUAAUUCUGAUGUAAUAGUCGGAAAACCAGGAAGAAUAGGUCCAAGAAUACCAUCUAUUCCGCUACAUCAAGUUAGCCAAGAAAAUGAAAUUCCGGUUGGUAUGAAGCCACCUCCAGUUCCUAGCGAUUGGAGAAAAAAUAACUAUGAAUAUAAACGGAUUCCUGUUAAUAACAAUUUUGAUAAAUCCCAAUUUACUCAAAAUGAUAAAAAACCUCAAUUUAUUCAACAUGAUAAACCUCAAAUUAUUCAACAUGAUAAACUUCAGUUUAAUCAAAAUGAAAAACCUCAAUUUAUUCAACACGAUAAACCCCAAUUUAUUCAAAAUGGCAAUUCUCAAUUUAUUCAAAAUGAUAAACAUAAUUAUAUUACAAACGAUAAACCUCAAUAUAUUCAAAACGAUUAUAUAGGUCCACCUCCCCAAGCACCAAAUCCAGGUUUAAAUAUAAAUGAAAAUAUCAAUGAAAUAGGAAGUAAUGCACCAACAUAUGCCAAAAACCAGAAAAAUUAUAUUCCAAACAGGAUUCAGUAUCAUCAAAACAACCAAAAUUAUUUUAAUUUCAAAGAAAAUCCACAACCUGCUUUUACACAUAAUCAUCCUGUAUACGCACACAAUUACAAUCACAACUCAGAUAAUUCAAAACUAACUGACGAAAUCUUGACUGCUGCUAAACCAAACAAAAACAAUAUACGAGCGUCAUUUUUCCAAAAUGAGCCUCUUGUAUUACCGGAAGUAAUUGAAAGGUCAACAGGACAACCACUUCUUGUAAAUAUACAACCAAGUCAAGUGGCUUUUGUGAAUAUCCCGUUUAAUAGAACAACAGCUUUAAUCUAUGGAGGAUCCACAGAGCCGCAUAGAAACGGGCAGUACUUUGAGGACCCCUCUCCUUAUCCACAACACGAAUAUUCUGUAGCAGAAAAUAAUAAUGGCGUUCCACAAAUAACAGCAAUUUACCAACCAGAAAUCCUAAAUCAAAAACAAGUAAACGGUGUUAUAAAAGUAGAAAAUCAAUUAAUCAAUAACGAACCUAGUACCAGUGAGAACCAAAAAGUACAAGUUAAUAUACAACCAACUAAGAUUGAGUACAAUGGUCAAAUUAAUGUAAAUAGACCUCCCGUAUCAUAUGAGAUGAUUCAUCAUGGAUCAGAUUUUAAUGCCCACGUGAUCAACCAUGAUGAUAAUUUGAUAAGACCUGGAAGUAAUUUCGAAUUUUUUCCACCAAACGAUCAACAAAGACGACCAACUGGUGAUAUAAAUGUAAUUAAUGGAAAUAACGGACAUUAUCGCAAAGAUUUUAAUAUGACUCAUAGAAAACCAACUCAUAUUUACCAUUUAGGUCCAGGUUAUCAUGACCAAAACUUGAUCCCUAGCAAAAGAAUACCCGAUUCGUUUAGACAAAAUAUCAAGCCGCAUAAUUUCCAAAAAUAUCCGAACAAUAAAAAUAAUAUUUAUAGACCCAAUGUAUACGAGUCACCGAAACCUAAUAUAGAAAUUUCUGAAUUUAUGUCACCACCUUCAACUCCACGAAUUUACACCAAAAGACCAUACAAUCAAAAACAGAGUAAAAGGCCUAUACCGGUACCUGUUCCACCGCAGGUGCACCCAGCAACUAAAUUACAAGAUCAUCCACAAACCCCUGCGAACUUCAGGCCAUCGUAUCCUAUCUAUGAAGUUCAUGUUCCAGCUAUUUCAGGAAAUAAUCUAAACGGGAAUUCCUAUCAAAAUAUUCAAACACAGAAGUAUCCUGAUUUUACUGUUGGUUCUGAAGUGGGUAAUCAUAAAGAGGACGAUAUGGAGAACGAAGAUGGCGAAGUCGUUCAAGAAUCGAACAGUAGACCAUUACGUCCUGGAGAAGUACCUCCCGAAAUUAUUCAUGCCAGUUCUACCACGAAGCGAACGGUAGAGCACAUCAGAGUUUCAAAUCCAACCCUACCUGCCUUUACUAGACCCGUGUAUUCUGGAAAUAACGAUUUCAAAUCAUCCACUCAACCUCAUCAACAAAUAAUUACGAAUAAAAAUCAGAAUGAACAAUUGUCUACUACCAAAACAAAUAAUCAAAAAUUUAACGAAAUUAUCAAUGAAAAAAUAACUUUUGAAAAUGAUGAUAUUGGUUACAAUCAACAUUCUGAUAGAAUCGGCGGACAAACUAAUUAUGUUUUAGAUAAACCAAACCUAUUUGGUGUCGGUAGUCAUGAAGUUGUUUCCAUUAACGCAAAUCCAGGAACCACUCAUAGACCAAUACUAAUAUUUUUCGACGAAAAAGAAGAGGCUAAAGAUUCAUUCUUUAAUAAAAAUAAAGAGUUUAAUAGUAGAGAAAGACCAGCUGUAACUUCACUGCCAAUUAAUUCGUUUAAAGAAAGUAAUAAUAAAGAAUUGGAAAAUAAAUACCACGAAUUCAAUAAUAGAGAACGUUCCACUUCCACACCAGUAACUAUCGAUCAACUUAAAGAGUUAAAUAACAACAGGCCUGCAGUUACUUCACUACCAAUAAAUACAUUUAAAGAAUAUAAAAUUAGAGAAAAGCCGGCUACAUCACUGCCAAUAGAUAUCUUUAAAUAUAAUAGGGAUCGGCCGAGUACCUCUCAGCCGUUAAGUACUUUUAAGGAAUAUAAUAAUAAUAGGGAUAGACCAGCUGUUACGUCACUACCAAUUAAUAAAUUUAAAGAAUUUAAUAACAGGGAUCGACCCGCUGUUACUUCGGUAGCAAUAAAUAAAGAUUUACUGUCUAAUAAUGCUCACAACUUUGGUACGCAAACUGAAAAACCGUUUUCGGGUGCCCCUUCAAAGAAAUUAUCUUCUAAUGAAAUUAUAAGAAAAGAUGUAAUAUCGCCAAAACCUCUACCAGCUAAAAUUGAAUAUACUGAACCUCCUGUAGACAUAGGCGAAAUAAACAACUUAAAUACUGGAGAAGUACCGGUAACAUUCAAUAACGGAUCCAAAAUAAUUUCUGAUAUGGAAAUAAUGAAACCGCCACCAUUAAUAACAGAAAUUCCAGUUAAUGUUCCAGACACAUCCAUGCAACCACCCAGUCAGAAACCAAAUGUAUAUACCGUGAUUCCGGUUAAAGUGGAAGAUUCACUAUCGACUUUACCAAAUCUUUCUGAAGAGAUGAUACCUCCUCCAAAAACGGAAGAAGAAGUAAUAGGGAUGAGUCCGCCGCCAUGGUCGUCACCUAAAGUACCACCUAAACUGACUACUCCAAGAUAUUCCUUGGAAGUAGAUAUAUCGACUGAUAGAUCUACACUUAAACCUAAUGAUGUUCCCAGAAAAAGAACUAGAAGACCUUAUACCAGACGACCUGCUUACAAAAGUACAACUACUCAAAUUCCCAUAACUACGUCAAGACGAAGACGGCCUGUUUAUCCAGAGCACACAGCUAGUGAAACUACGGAAUCUACAAGCUCUACCACUCCUAAGCAUAUUAUCAGUCCUUCUCCAUCUAUUAAAGUCAAGCCAUCUUUAGAAGUUAUUAUUGGUCAUCCUGAUAUAAAAUUAGUAACUAAUUCCUCAUCUACAACUGUGAAAUCAUCUUCCUCUGAAGUGCCAAUUUCUACUCAGAAAUCUAUUGAUAAAUCUGAUCAAUAUGGAGUACCAAAUAAAUCUAAAAUUGAACUUAGCAGUAGUAUUGAUACUCUAGUACCAGGGAUACAUCACGGUGGAAAUGAAAUAAAAGUAGUUCCUGAUAUCACAAAGCCUCUGCCUAAUACAUUAAAAACUGUUUACAAUGAAACCAAGAGUAAGAUACAGAUUCCUACGAGAUAUAUUACUCAUACAAAGACAGCUACAGUUACUAUUACAAAAACAACUGUAAUAAAAUCUUUAGGUAUGACUCCUUCUACGUUAACGAUAUUAGUGACAAAAACUGAAAAGACUACUAUUGUUGAUACUGUUACCGAGGUUCAUACUUUGGUUAAACCAACUAGCAUUAUAGAAACAAUUACUACAACUGUAAAACAAGCUAGUUCUUUAUAUCCUGAUGAAGUGUAUGGUACUCAGUACCCACCGCUUCAAAUCAAACCAUCGAUUAUAGCACCCUUCUACAAUUUUAAUGACUCAUUUAUUGAUUCUUCAGAAAAUGAUGAAGAUUUAAACGAAUUCAUAAUUCAUGAUACUGAUCCACCCAUAACAGAAAAUAAAGAAAAUUCUAACAAUAAAGAUCCGCUAGAGGAAAACGAUACUAUCUUAGUAAUAAUGACAGAUAAAAAUACCAAGAACAUUGUAAAAGUACCACCAACUACAUAUGAAACGCAAGAACGCGAUGAAAUGAUUUCUACCAACAAAGAUAAUAAUGUUUUGCUUGGAGGUGUUUUGAUCGCCAAUGAUCCUAAAGAGAAAGAAGUUUUGGAUAGAUGUGAACCAGAAUGCAAAGCGUCUAGAAACGAACUUUGUCAGAAACUGGAUGGAAUUUUAAGAUGUGCCUGUAGACCAGGAUUUGCUAGGAUGUUUCCGGAUAGACCUUGUUUACCCACCUAUACUUACGAUUUGGAGCUAACUUUAGACAGAAUUGGCAAAGAUCCUCUUCAUUUCUAUGAUGACCUAAAGGACCCCAAUACUACAGAACAUUUUAAAUUUACCCAAGCUACCGGCGAAGCUCUGGACAGAAUGGUUAUGCAGUCUGAUCUAAGAGACAUUGUCCAUGGUGUCAAAGUUCACAAUUUCGAACCUGGAACUAAAGGAAUCGUCAGCAAAUUUUACCUUCAGUUGUCGGAAAAUAUGGAAGAAAAACGUCUAGAAGACAUCCUAAAAAACUAUCUGUUGAACAACAGUUUCAGUCUUGGCGGAACGGACAUCUACUCUUCCCCUCUUAUGGAUUUAAAAGUGCAAGAUUUUGAUGAAUGUUUACAACCUCACCUUCACGAUUGCUCCGAAAAUGCUUACUGUUUCAACUUGAAAGGAACAUACUCCUGUAGUUGUAAGGAAGGAUUUUCUGACUUAUCAGAAAAUAUGUUGUAUCCUGGACGAAUAUGUUCUGCUGAACAAGUAGGAUGCGAAAAAUGUAACUAUCACGGAACAUGUUAUUCGAGAGGGGCUGAUGAAGUUAUAUGCGAGUGUUUCCAAUGGUAUACUGGGCAAUACUGUCAUAUUAACCUAAAAGUCUUACUGAUAGCUUUAGUAACUCUGGGAACGUUACUAUUUGGUCUGCUUCUAACUUGUAUCAUUCUAACUUGCAUAAAAGGCAAACCUAGGAAUGUGGGUGUAGCUGGCGGAAUUAAUUUCCUACCCCAAGGAAAUGCAGGAAGAAGAAAUACAUCAGACAGAAGAGCUAUGAUACAAGAUACAAGUUCUGAAGAAGACAACAAAUCGGAAACAUCGCGUUAUAUCAAAAAACACAAACCUGCUCCAAAGAAGACUUCAAAAGUAUCCAUGCAAGCCUCUGAACGAGGUGAAGCUACAAAUCACGCAAUUUCAUUCGAGGAUCAAAAGGAUCGAUCGCUUACAGUGAUGAUUCCCAGAGCUAAAUAUCAUCCUGCAUCACCUACAUCACCUUUAAUGAACUAUACCAGUUUUGAUGUUCGAAAACCUUCAGUGCCAGCUAUUUCGAACGAAGCUAAAUUGUUAAGUUUCUUAGACGCUGGACCAUCUCCAAAUAAGUCUGAAGCUACCAGGAAAUACAGUAACGCUCAGAGCGAAUCAAUUAUCGAAGAGAAGGCCAAUUCUAGGAAAACUUCCGGAGCUUUGAUUUCAGCAGGGUUCGAAGUAUCUGCGACUGUGGUCAAUAAUAUGGGUACCUUGGUUACCAUGUGUGGUACGGAAGCGGAUAGAAGUGAAAAUGCCACGCUGAUUCAGAAAAUUAGUGCCGAUCUAUUGUCCAGUACUGGAACUAGGUCCCAGUUUAAUACAUUAAGAAAGUCUUUAGCGGAUGACGAUUUAGAAAGUAAUGUAAAUGAUAAUGCUUCUAACUGGUUGGAUAUGUUACCGAGGGUAAUGACCGUAUCAGAAGCAAGAUCGUGUGAUGAAACGACUAUUCCUCCUCCUAUGAAGUGUCUUCGACCAGACUAUGACUCAAAACACUCUUCUCAACAUCACAAUGAUGAGGCAAAUACAAUGGCCGAAAGGGAUUUGGGUUCCACAUUUUUACUUCCCCACACACACCUGUAUAAACCUGAUAGGGGAAGCGAUAUUUCGGGAUUUGAAUCACUUUAG